UUAUAGUAUUUGUUUAAAAUCAAUUAAACAAUAAGGCCAAUCAGUAAAUUCUGCCAAAAAAAAAAUUAAAAAAUGAAUUCAUACAUUUUAUCAUGUUCUGUUCAAAUUCUGCUGCAAUAUCUUUAUGUUGGAGGUGAUUCAAUGAUUAGUAUAAGAGUUGUUUCUCUAGCAUCCUAAAUUCUUCAUCAAAAUCAAUCAAAAUAUCUUAAUAUCUUCUGAUCAAUAAGCCUGAUUCGAAAAGGUACACAUUUUUACAAUUCAACAUCAAACAUUCAAAUCUUCAAGAUUGGCUUAAUUACAAAAUUACCAAGAACACAGAAAAUCAAAACAGGCCUAUAAAACCAAAAUGUUUGUACGAAAUGCAAAAAUCUUAAUGCAUUGCUGAUGUCCAUCAGUCUAUCUGUCCUGUGCUGUUCAUAAUCAUUCACUUCAUAAGAGACUCCUCUGAUCAUUUCUCAACUGAAGCUAUUUUGCAUAAAUCCUUGAUAAACUGUCACGGCUUCUUCUCCCACUAAUGUAAGGAUGAGUGAUCAGACGAGGGCUUCACAUAAUGAAACCCAUCGAUUUCAAUUCCCUAAAUGCUGCUCCACCAUCAUUAGUGUAAUUAAAUGAUUGUGCAUAAUUCGAAUUCGAACGCGACGUCACCAAGGAGCGCACCCGUCGAGGAAGUGACGUGUCGAUCCGUGCCAGAGGAAGUUUGUGCGGCGCAGGGAGAGAAGUUUCCCCGGAGCAGCUGCGCUUGGAGCGGGAAGAACCCUGACACAGCCGCCGCUGCUGGACCGAGAGUACCAGAGCGGGAAGAGAGCGCGUCGUGCGGCGCGUGGAUGCGUGUUGCGGCGUUGGAGAGGCGUGCAGUGGGUUCGUGUGGCCGUGUGAUCGUCUCUCAGCCGCUCCUCCUGCUCGCUGUGAGAUGGGGAAGGAGCAGGAACUGCUGGAGGCGGCGCGCACCGGGAAUCUGGCCGCCGUUGAGAAGCUCCUGUCCGGGAAGAGACAGUCGGCCGGGUCGGCCGCCGCCGGAGGUUCCGGAUCGUCCGGGAAUAUCGGGAGCGGCGGGCACAGCUCUUCACACCCGCUCUCCAGUCUGCUCAGCAUCUGGAGGGGCCCAAAUGUGAACUGUGUGGACAGCACUGGAUACACACCUCUACACCACGCUGCUUUAAAUGGACACAGUGAGGUGGUGGAAGUACUUCUGCGGAACGAGGCUCUGACGAACAUCGCUGAUAACAAGGGCUGUUACCCUCUGCACCUGGCGGCGUGGAAGGGAGACCAGCGAAUCGUCAAACUCCUCAUCCAUCAGGGUCCAUCUCACCCCAAACUCAAUGAACAGAACAACGACAACGAGACGCCGCUGCACUGUGCGGCUCAGUACGGACACACGCAGGUGGUGCAGCUGCUGCUGGAGGAGCUGACCGACCCCACCAUGCGCAACAACAAGUUUGAGACGCCGCUCGACCUGGCUGCGCUCUACGGCCGGCUGGAGGUGGUCAAACUUCUGCUCAGCGCUCAUCCCAACCUGCUCAGCUCCAACACCAAGAAACACACCCCUCUCCACCUGGCCUCCCGCAACGGACACCUGCCCGUGGUGGAGGUGCUGCUGGCCGCCGGCGUGGAUAUCAACAACCAGACAGAGAAAGGCAGUGCCCUUCAUGAAGCAGCUCUAUUUGGAAAGACAGAAGUAGUACAAAAACUACUUAACGCAGGUAUCAAUGUGAAUAUCGUGGACAGUAAGAAUCUAACAGCGCUGGACACUGUUAGAGACAUGCCCUCUCAAAAAAGCCGACAGAUCGCCGCACUCAUACAAGCUCAUAUGAGCGGCCGUCCUUCAGACACGAGCCUCCCUCCUCCACCAGUGCCUCCACCUCAAGAGAGCCUGAGCCCCAAGAGAAAAGGAGAAAUGGAGCAGCAGGUCAGUGAGCUCAUAUCCGGUUUGACUCCGACGCCUGUGGAAGAGAGUCCGUAUGAAGCUCUGUUUGAGGCGUCCUCGUGUGUCUCUCUGGACAGCCUGGCCAGCGGAAAGUCAUCAGACAGAGACUCCGGACGACCGGACAGCGAAGCCGGGAAGAAAGAGCGACAUCCUCCACAGAAUCAGGACGAGGAUCUCAGCUCUGAGGCGGUUUACACCAACAGCAGUGUGGAUGAACGCGCCGAGCCUCUGGAAGAGGAAGACCACACAUAUGAACUCUUAGUCACCGCACAGACCAAAAUCCCCAACAACACACAAAGCAAAACAGAUGUGGACGUCUCAGCCAAGUCUUCUAACAGUGUCCUACCUCAGCGAAAGACCACUGCACACAUUGACCUACGACCUUCAGGGUCCAACACAAACACUCUGCAGCCGCCUGCACCUCAUUUUAGCACAGGACAGACAUCUGGAGAGAGCUCAUCGCACAGUCAGGAUACAAGCGCUGCCGUUCCUGAGCAGUUCACUGGUCUGCUUCACGGUUCCUCGCCGGUGGUCGACUGUCGGGAAGAAGCGUUCAGACUGCCGUCCUCUGGAGUGAAGUCCGGCGAGGCUUCCAGCACUUCGACAUCUGCCAGCUCCGCCCCCCUUCCCCAUCCCAAAUCGGCGGUCACCAUGGAAACCAUUCUCCAGGACACUGACCCAAAAGCCAUCUACGCCACGGUCAACAAAGAGCCACGGGAUUCGUCGAAAAACAACUCACCGGCCCGCGAUCCUCCGCUGACGAGAAGGAUGCCUCCGCCGGGCGAUCUCAAGCUGGCGCGUAGCCUUUCGAAGUCCGACUCCGACUUGCUGGUGUCCCCACCCGGUGAGGAAGAGACGGGGUUGGGCGGCCGAAGUGAGUCAGUGUCCAACUGUAGCACCACCAAGAGAAGACUGGAAAAAUCACCUUCGUUCACUUCAGAAUGGGACGAGAUUGAGAAGAUCAUGACCCUUAUUGGAGCCGGCAUCGACUUCUCCAAAGACCAGGAGUGCCCUGCCACAGCUAGCGUGGUUUCGCCCCUGCUGUGGGAGCGACCACACCUCUCAGCCGGGAUCCUGUCGCCUCUGCCGUCCUGGUGUUUGUGCUCUCGGCACUGUUGGCCGAGGAUGAUGUGGCAGUGCCACGUCUCUUCCUCCGAGUGCCGAUGCUACCGUCUUAAUGGUUUCUCGCUGCUCAAGCGCCUUCCUCUGUCUGCAGGUGGAUCCGGGAGGCUGCUUGAACAGCCAGUUGGGGAUUGGUUGGAGCAUAUAGGCCUUCCGCAGUAUGAGAGCAAGCUACUGCUCAACGGCUUCGACGACCUGCGGUUCAUGGGAAAUGACGUAAUGGAAGAGCAAGACCUGAGAGAAAUUGGCAUCACGGAUCCGGCACAUCGCAGGAAGAUCCUCAGUGCUGCACGUUCUCUACCAAAGGUGAAAGCAUUAGGCUGUGACGGCAGCACAUCCCUCGCUGCGUGGCUGGAUGUCCUGGGUCUUCAGGAAUACCUGCAGAACUUCCUGUCCAGCGGAUAUCGCACGCUAGAAUGUGUGAAGAACUUGUGGGAGCUGGAGAUUGUCAAUGUGCUGAAGAUCACGUUGUUGGGCCACAGGAAAAGGAUUAUUGCGUCAUUAGCUGAACGGCCGUAUGAGGAGCCUCCGGUCAAACCACCCCGCCUCUCUCAGAUCAGAUGUCAGGAUCUCAUGUCCCAGACCUCGUCUCCUCUCAGUCACUCGGACUCCUACACACGCUCCAUGGAUCCCCUGUUACCUGCAGGCGAUUCUGGGAGGAGGAGAGGUCCCGACUCAGAAUAUGACGUGGCUAUUCGACAGCGGCCUAAUGACAGACCACAACCACAAGAGAGAUUUGAGGAACGUCAACGGGAACCUCGCUUGACCUUACGACCCCCGAGUCUGGCGGCACCGUACACACCGGUCCAGAACUGGCACCAUCAGCCCGAGAAGCUCAUCUUCGAAUCAUGCGGUUACGAGGCCAACUAUCUGGGCUCAAUGCUCAUUAAAGAACUAAGAGGAACAGAGUCAACGCAGGACGCCUGUGCUAAAAUGAGGAGGUCGACAGAACAGAUGAGGAAGAUCCCCACCAUCGUCCUCUCCAUCACGUACAAGGGUGUGAAAUUCAUUGACGCUGCCAACAAGAACAUCAUUGCAGAACAUGAGAUCAGAAACAUCUCGUGUGCGGCUCAGGACCCAGAGGACCUCUGCACGUUUGCUUACAUCACUAAAGAUCUGCAGAGCAGCCAUCAUUACUGCCAUGUGUUCAGCACCGUAGAUGUGAACCUGACCUAUGAGAUCAUUCUGACGCUGGGACAGGCGUUUGAAGUGGCCUAUCAGCUGGCACUGCAGGCCCAGAGGACCAGACAACAGCAGAGCGCAGCCGGGGCGACGGAAAUCAUCGAGACCAAGAGCAGCAGACCCGUCCCCAAACCACGAGGGAGUACGCGCAAGUCAGGGGUGGAAGCGAUGGAUGUGGACGCUCACGCUCAGAGCAGCGCCACCUGGAUCCUGGACUCCAAAGAUCCCAAGCGCACCGUCAGCACCAAGUACGAGACCACCAUAUUCUGAUUGGACGCUCCUCUCCUCCGCGUCCCGCCCCCUCACACCUUUUCCUUUCGCUCUGUGCCUUCACUCUCUAGAUAGACUCUGACCUCCCCUCGCUCUCCUCCACACAGAAGCCACCUCUCCAUUCACCUCUUUCUUCUCCGUCUGUCUCGCACAGUCCUGAAGCCUAGUUCUGCUCUGGCUCUCCAACAACCCUUUCCCGAGGCUGAAACAAACCUCCACUCACGAUUCUCUGCCCUUUAAGUUGGUACAUGUAUUUAGGAGCCCCUCUCACCUGUAGUCGUAUCAUAACUGUCCUGAAACCAAAGUAAAGCUCUGCUGAGGACCAGAACAUCUCGCCAUUUAACCUUCUGUUUCAAACGUGAAGAAACUAACAUUCCCUCCUCAUUCUGCUCAAAGGACUCUCCCUCCAUCAUCCACACUGAUGGCUUUUCUCUUAACUAGUUUUUCUUUCUUUUCCCCUUCUGUGGUGCUCGUCUC